AUGCCUCCACGGAGGCAGGAGGUGUCCAGCGCCUCUGACAGCGAUGACGACUUUGGAAGUGAGCCCAGUGACAGUGAGGAGGAGCCGCAGAAGAAGGAAUGGAACACCUACUGCCAGGCCUGUGGCAGCUUCGAGUUCGAGCCAGGCGAGGCGCCGUGGCGCUGCUCCGCCUGCCCCCAGCAGUUCCACCGCGCCUGCCUGACGGGCAAGGAGCGCGGGUCGGCGGGCCGCCCCGGCGCGCGCUGGGUGUGCCCGCUGUGCGCGCGGCACGAGCGGCUGGGGCGCGGCAUCGACGCCAUCCUGGCGUGCCGCGGGGGCGGUACCGGCAAGGAGUACCGCAUAAAAUUCGCGGGACGCUCCCACCUGCACACCGAGUGGGUGCGCGUGUCGGAGCUGGAGGCGGCCGCCGCACUCUUCCCGGGGCUGCGCCUCCGCCUCAAGACCUUUGAGAAGAAGCGGGCCGCGGCGCUGCUGACUCAGGCAGAUGACGAGUUGGUGGAGGGGGUCAAGCCGGCCUGGCUGGAGGUGGAGCGUGUGAUCGCAGAGCGCACAGUGGGCAGCGGCGGCGGUGGCGCAGCAGCAGGAGGAGGAGACGGCGGCGGCGGAGGAGGGGCAGGCGGGGGCGCGGGGGGAGCAGCAGCAGCAGCAGGAGCAGGGGCCGGCGACGCGCACGAGGGCGGCGGCGGGGACGCUGCCGUACCGCCCAGGCUGCAGUACGGGCAGCACAAGCAGUACCUGUGCAAGUGGCGGGAGCUGCCGUACAGCGAGUGCACCUGGGAGGAGGAAAGCGACAUCUCGGAGUACCGCCACCUAAUCCAGCAGUACAGGCAGCGGGUGCCUAUUGGCGAGAUCCAGCUGCAGCUGCCCUCUCCGCCUGCCGGCGCCCCGCAGCAGCAGGCGCAGCAGCAGGGCGAGGCAGCGGCGCAGACCGGGGCAGAGGCCGAGGCGGCUGCAGGCUGGUGGGAUGGGGCUGGGCCCGACGGCGGCAGCCAGGGCGGCUCUCAGGCCCGCCGCUUUGCCGCCACCCCCGCCUUUCUACUUGGCCAGCUGCACCCUUACCAGCUGGAGGGGCUUAAUUGGCUGUACCAGGGGUGGAAAGCAGGCACCAGCCUCAUCCUAGCGGACGAUAUGGGGCUCGGGAAGACAGUGCAGGCGAUCGCCUACCUGGCAGCUCUCAGCCACGAGGCGUCGAGCGUGGCGGCGCGCGGCGGCGUCGGCCCGCCGCCCCUCCCGCACCUCGUCGUCGUCCCGCUGUCCACGCUGCCCAACUGGCAGCGCGAGUUUGCGCGCUUCGCGCCACAGCUCAAUGUGGUGGCCCUGACCGGCAACGCCGAGGCGCGGGCCACCAUCAAGGAGUAUGAGCUGUUUGGGCGGGGCCUGGGCGCGCGCACCAUACAGGCCGGAGGUGGGCAGCCGGCGGGGCCGGCGGCGGCGCGGCUGUUCCAGGCGCUGCAGAGCCUGCGCUGCCGCCACCGCGUGCUGCUGACGGGCACCCCGCUGCAGAAUGACCUCAGCGAGCUCUUCAUGCUGCUGCACUUCCUGGAGCCACAGCGCUUUGACAGCCUGGAGGCCUUCCAGCAAGCAUUUGACGACAUGGGCCACGAGGAGCAGGUGGCGCGCCUGCACGCCCUGCUACGCCCCCACCUGCUGCGCCGCAUGAAGGCGGAUGUGCUGCGCCAGCUGCCGCCCAAGAAGGAGCAGAUUGUGGGGGUGGAGCUGUCGGGCAGCCAGAAGCAGGUGUACCGCAGCAUCCUCACCCACUCCUACGAGAGCCUCACCCGUGGCGGCACCUCCAAGCUGAAGAACGUGAUGAUGGAGCUGCGCAAGGCGGUGCAGCACGUCUACCUGCUCUUCCACCCGCCCACCCCCCGCCCCACCGGGCCGCCCUGGAAGCUGAAGCCGGGGCACCGCGUGCUGAUCUACAGCCAGUUCCUCCUCAUGCUGGAUGUACUGGAGUGGUACUGCGCCGCCCGGGGUCACUCCUACCUCCGCCUGGACGGCAGCGUGGGCACCGCCGAGCGGCAGCGUCGCAUCGACGCGUUCAACGGCCAGCCCUCCCGCUACUUUCUUUUCCUGCUUUCCACCCGGGCGGGCGGCCUGGGCAUCAACCUGGCCACCGCAGACACGGUGGUGCUGUACGACUCGGACUGGAACCCCCACAACGACCUGCAGGCCCAGGCGCGGGCCCACCGCCUGGGUCAGUCCAGCGGGGUGAUGGUGUACCGCCUGGUGGCCAGGGCCACCGUGGAGGAGCGCAUGAUGCAGCGCGCCAAGGGCAAGCUGGUGCUGGAGCAUGUGGUGGUGCGCAAGAUGAAGCGUCAGCCCCGCGCCGCCAAGGAGGGCGGCGAGGCCGCCCUGGGGCAGAGCGAGCUGCAGGACCUCAUAAAGUUUGGGGCUGCAGACCUGUUUGCCCCAGACGGCGCGGAAGCAGGCAAGCCCGGAUGGCGCCACAGCCUGGGCGGCAGCAGCUUGCAGCACCGUUCCUCCAGCCCAGCGUGCGCCAGGGAGGCCGAAGCGGCCGGUAGGGGGCGCCCUGUGCCCACCAGCGUGCGAGAGCAGCAGGCGGGGCGCACGGGCGGGCAGGAUGGGCGGGCCAUCGUGUGGACUGAUGAGGCGCUGGACCAGCUGCUGGACCGCUCCGACCUUUCCUCCCAGCCGGAAGCUGCCGGGAAGCCGGGCGAGGCGGCGGCGGGCGGCGGCGACCGCGACAUCCUGGCGGGAUUCAAGGUGGCGCACUUCACGCUGCAGGAGCAGCCUGCGGAGCAGGGCCUGGCGAGGGGCGAGAGCGGCGGCGGGCUGGGCGCGGGGCUGGCCGACAGACUGGCAGGCUCCGGCGGCGGCCUCGGCAGCGGCACCCUCGGCAGCGGCGCCUUCUCUCUGGACGGCGACGGCGGCGAGCCGUCUGCCGGCGCGUUCUGGGAGGCGUUGCUGGGUGGGCGGUACGCGGAGCUGCAGGCCGAGGCGGCAGCCGCGCUGGGCAAGGGCAAGCGGCGGCGGCGCCAGAUACUCGACUUGGACCAGGAUGCCGCCCUGGACGCCUUGCUGGCGGAGGGAGGCUCCGAGGGCAGCGAGGGCAGCGAGGGCAGCGGGCACCACGGCGCGGGCCUGCACGGCGGCCACAGCCUGGGCAGCCGCUCGACAGACGCCUCGGACGAGGAUUACCAAGUGGGCCCGGAGGAGGAGCAGGAGCAGCAGGCGGCGGAGGAGGAGGAGGCGGAGGAGUGGGGCCGGGAUGGGCUGGUGGCUGAGGAGCACGAGCGGCGGCGGAAGCCCUCGUGGACGCACCACCAUGCGCCUGCGGCCCGCGCCGGUGGCAGCGGCGGCAGCGGCGAGCAGCGGGCGGGCGCGGGCGGGCACGGCGGCAGAGGCGACUUUGUUGAGGCGCUGAGCCUGAGCUGCCAGGCCCUGGCGGGGGCUGGCGGCGGGGAGUGGCUGCGUCCUGCGGCGGGAUGGCCUCUGGUGCAAGGGACGGGCGACCAGCUGCGCGUCUGGGGCUUCACCGCGCUGCAGCGCCGCUGCUUCCUGGGGAUUGUCAUGCAGCACGGCGUGGCGGCGCUGCCGGGCGGCGGCUUCGACUGGGCGCCCAUGCGCGCCCGCCUGCCCUUCAAGCAUGGGAGGGAGGUGGAGAAGUAUGGCAAGCUCUUGAUGGAGCUGGUGGCGGCGGCGGCAGUGCCGCGGGAGGACGGCGGCGCGCAGCCGACCGGGUGGGAGCUGCGAGAAGAGGUGCUGGGUGAUGUGUGCGCCAAGGAUGUCAUGGCACGCCUGGGCCUGCUGCACCUGCUGCGCACCACCACCGAGCAGCUGCGUGCCGUGGGCAGCGCCGCUGCCGCCGCCGCGCUGCCAUGUGCCCGCAACCUGGCACGCCCCGUCCUGCACACCCACCUCACGGCCUGGGGGCAGGCGCACGAUGUGCGGCUGAUGGAGGCGGUGGUGGAGCACGGGUAUGGCAGGUGGGAGGAGGUUCUGGCGGAUGAGUCUCUGGGACUGGCCGAGGUGGUGGCCCGAGAGCUGCAAGCACUGCGGUACCCAGAUGCCGCCGCCGCCGUUGGGCCGCCGCCGCCGCCCUCCGCGGGAAGGGUGCAGCGCCAGGUCUACACUCUGAUGCGCAAGCGCAUGCACGGCUGGCUGGAGUCUCGCGUGACGCGCCUGGCGGCGGCGCUGGCGGCUGAGCCCGGCGCCCCAGACCCCCCACUGCUCACGCUGCCCCUGAAACUCAGCAAGCGGCGGCAGGAGGCUCCGCGGGGCGGCCAGCCGUGGCAGGGCCAGGAGCAGGGCCCAGGGCAGGCGCCGCAGCAGAGGCAGCAGGAGCAGCAGCCGCAGGCGCGCCCGCGGCAGCAGCAGCAGCAGCAGCAGCAGCAGCAGCAGCGCGCCGCCGGCGGCGGCCGCGAGGCGUCGGCCGGCCACGCUGGCAGGCGGCCGCUGUGCCCGGUUCCCCCCCGCAGCCCGGCCAUCGUGGCAGCCAUCUCUGCGCUGCCGGGGCUGUCGCCAGAGGCGCGGAAGGCUCGCCUGGGCAUCAGCGAGCUCAACCAGUACAUGCAAGCCCUGUCGGCCAGCAUCAAGCAGGAGACCCGGGAGACUCACUCCGCGCUGAUUGGCGGCUGCCCGGUGGACCUGGUGGCCGCGGGGAGGCGCUUCCAGGAGCAGCUGCAGCGCAUCAGCAAGUGCAGCCAGAGGCUGAUGCUGCUGGUCCAGCACGAGCUGGGUGGCGUGGAGGCGGCGCGCCGGCAGCAGCAGGCUGGACCGCAGCAGCCGCAGCCGCAGGGGAAGCAGGGGCAGCCGCAGCAGCAGGGGCAGCCGCAGCAGCAGGGGCGGCCGCAGCCCCAGCGAUGGCAGCAGCAGCAGCAGCAGCAGCAGCAGCAGGCGCCGGCCAGGGCCUCGGCUUGGCCUGGGGGCGCGCCCACGCAGCCCCCGCCGGCGCCUGCCGCAGCGGCUGCCUCCCGGCAGCCCUCCUCCGGCUCCCUGCCAGCGCAGACGCUGUCUGCGGCGCCCAGCGCGGGGCAGAGCGCGGGCACGCGGGUGGUGGCGGCAGGCGCGGCGGGCGCGGUGGGCGUGCCCGCUGACGAGGCGGCACCGGCGCCGCAACCCUCCGCCGAGCCCUUCGCUGCUCACAUGCUGCGGGAGGCGGAUCAGCUGCUCAACGACAUCUUGGCGGAUGACCCGCCUUUAGAGGAUCCGCUGGAGAGAGGGGACCGGCUGGUGGCGGAGCUGCUGCAGGAGGUGAAUGCGCCGGUGGUGGUGUCGCCGCGGCCGCCGCGCCUGGACGCCUCCCCGGCAGCCGCGCGAGCCACGGCAGGGUCGGCGCAGUUGCUGCGGCCCCCUGACGGCGGCCGCGCGGCGGCCGCCGCCAUCGAAGCCGCCGCCGCGCUGCCGCUGGGGCCGCCGGCGGAUGCGCAGCGGCGGCAAGAGGGUGCGGCGGGGCUGGGCAGCAUGGAUCCUGGGGGAGACGAUACCGUAAUUGAGAUCGACUGA